AUCUGGUGUCUGCUACCACGUCAUCUCGUGACGAUGUCGGUUUCUCGCCAUAGUCCCAAUAAAUUCCACCUCUUCCCGAACAACCCAUAUGAUUUUUACCCUUCUGACAGUUUCUAGAGAAGAAAGGAUUGCAAGUGAUAUACUGUACACCUAUUGUUUGACUACACUUCCGAAUAAGUACAUACUUUUCAAGAACUGAGGAAGUUGUAUAUUAUAUAAGUGAAUACGAGUGAUUGUGAUUUCCCUCGCCCUCUUUUCGCUUCCAUUACGAUAGAUGAAUAAGUAUGCUGAAAAUAGAGGGGCUAUUCUUGAUGUUCUGUCUUGUCACUCAAUCUGACCAUGGAAAAAAUGAUGCGCCGUACAGGAGCCGUGAGUAGGGAUAUUACCUUUUGUAAAUGAGACUGAAGAUGCUUCAGAGGUCAUGAAUGAGAAUGGUCGUUAUUAAGAUCGCGCAUGAUAGAAACUAAUCGUAGUUGAUGAAGACGAAAAUAAAAACAUGAAGUAUAUCGGGACAAGCACUUCUGUUAUCGGGACAAGCACUUCUGUACGCAUGCAAGCACAGCUGUAUUAAGCAGUGCACAAAUGGAGAUGGAAUAGUUGCUCGCACCUCGAGCGUCAAGAGGUCAAUGUCAGUCUAGUCCUUAUUCACGUUACGAAGACGAAGAAGAAGUUCCCAAAGGAAACAAAACAGUGUCGCGACCUCUGGCUGCCUGCUUUGCUGCUAAAACGUCCCUUGGGCACGAGUUCGAAGCCGGUCGUUUCAAUAGACCAGAACAACACGUCGAGACGAAGUGGUAUGUUCGACUGCUGCUUCGCGGCCAUUUUUCACUCUACUACGAACUAGGACCUUGCGAAGAUGGACACCAGCUUCGCCAGUUUUCACUUAACUGAGAUGAACUAGGACUCACGACUUUCCGUUGGAGGCCGCAACAUCUUGCUACCUGGAUGAAAAACAAAAUUACAGCGGCCACUUCUUCUUGCGCCGCCGCAACUUCUCUCUACAUCUGCUUUUUUUUACCUUAACCUUGGCGUCGUAUAAUAAAAGUACGAGCAGGCUGGUGUGGUCGGUGAACAGGAGGAACGAAGUACGACUUUGAGCUCGACCGUCGUCGCGCUGACUAGAGUGCCGCAGAAUGUCGAUAAUGUCUUUGCAGCUUUCUGCAAGUGGGAUACUGGGUCCUCCGACAGGUGCUUCCGGAAAUACUUCAGCUUUGAUUAAGGCUUUCCACGAUCGAUUUCGGUACCUUUCCUGUUUGAUAUUAAUUGAGCAGGUAUCUAAUUCUAAGCGUUAGCUUAUUUUCAGAUGGUAGUGGUACGUAGGAGAAAUACAGAUCGCAAUUGAAGAUUUUUGAGACGAGAACUAUAUAAGAUUAAGUACUUAAAUGAAAGUCUAACAGAUGUAUUUUUGAGAGUACUUCUUACCUCAUAUUCCUUCAAAUGGCUCUUCUUGUGAUAGAAAAGUUCUUGUUGAUGCAUCAGUCUCAAAAGUGAUCUCCCAUAAGAAUGGAGACAGCAAGAUGAUCCAUGAAUUACGCCCCUGAAGUUUCAGGUGGUGCUAGGGUCUAGGUCUAACCUUCACAUCAACACAGCGGACGUCCAGGGACUUCCGGCAGCUCUCGGCAAUGUGCUUUCAUUAAGGCUUAUUUUUUGGGUGGAGGACGUGGAGGUGGACCCUCAAUCAAUGUCGAAGCCCAUAGCACCUUUGAUAUUUGAAAAUUAUAAAACUAAAGGCAAAUAAAUGAUGAAGUUCCAGAUGCGGAUGUGCACUUUAUUUUACAGAUCAUGAUAGAGAUAGUAGAAGUAGAACGAGUUGUCAGAACAAGGAAUGAUAUCUUCUAAGUUUCCCAGCUGCUCAACGACGUGGUGGUCAUACUGCACGCGUUGGCAGCAUGUUAGAUUGGAAACGCCUGCAUGGAGUGAUGGGCCAUCAAAGGGUCUUCCAACUCUCACCCAAGAAAAAGAAAGCGACUGGAGACCACAAGGAUUCGUCAGCGUCCAAUUUAAGGCAAGCCACUGAUACCUGUCUUCCUUGAAGUAAAACGAAGACGAGUCUUAGGUAAAAGUAGCGAGAAGCGAAAUUUUCACUUCUUCAUCUCCACUGUGAGAAAUGAAAUUGAGAUGAUGUUCUUCUCCCUGAUCAGAGGGCGCGUGAAUGCGUGCGCGACGACCGAACGGUAGAAUGAUGUUGUUGAUGUUGGUAAGGAUAUGAUGAGGGUAAGCACAUCUAAGCAAAGUGGGAGGCACGGGAUCGUCAUCAUCGUCAGUCAAGGAAGGUGAGUCUGGAGAUGUUAUGGGAAGUAUUUCUUACUUUAGUAUUUCUUACUUCGAUGCCCCUCGUCGCCCUCCCCACGUGGCCUCGUUUCCUGAAUGGAUUCACUUCCCUGACCACUUCAACUUCAAGAGGAAACCAAGUGAAAAAGUCAUCUCUCAGCUUCCGCGGGUAGUGAUCAACAUCUUUACAAAAUGAUCACCCACUCUCAGCGUCAGCUCCGACGGAUAAGAUAAUUAGGAUCUUUACAAUCAGCUCACUCUAGCUAUCUCUAAAUCUGGGUCAGCUAGUAACUUCCAUAGUGCACCAACGAAAGGCGCUUCGUCUUCCAGCUCGUCUGGACAACACCCUACAGGCCCCAUCGACGCCUUGCGAAGACAUCUGAUUAAGGCUUACAACAGGAACAACCCUAAUACAUUGAAUGACUUCACUUGCAUUGAUAGAUAUUUUUGUGUUUCUAUUUUCUAGUUAGGGCUCCACCACAAAUUAUUAGAUACUUGCAUUGAUCUCCAACUCCAUCUUCUACUCCUGCCUCACCACGACGAGAAGAAUCCUUAGAUUUUCUUCUAAAAAGUUCAAGUUGUAGAAAUAAGGAAACAAACUGCCAAGAAAAAGAAUGUAUUCCAACGACUUAACGGAACAAGAAACCGUAGUGUUACAGCUAAGACUAAACUAAAUCCAAGAAUACUCAGUACUAUACGAUAGUGGUGAACUUGAACUGGAACUUCUUGUUCUUGCUCUUGUUCUACUUCCUAAACGACAUGUUGAUAGAGCACAAGAAGUUCAUCUUGCUCUUGUUCUACUUCCUCUAAUGUAACGGAGAAGCUUGGUUGGGUAGAGAACCCUGAUAUCAAGUCACCGUUUGCGGAUUUCCGGUUUUCUCUGUCCAGACGUGACCUUGGGAUAAGACCUAGUUGUCUGAGUAGCAACAACAUUCCAGGAGAGAUGAUGAUAAACUUCUUUGGAUGUUUAUGGCUUAAAGACAAAAACAGCAUUUAUACAUUAUUCAAUUUUAUGAUCGAGAUAUCAACAGUAUCACUUGAUGUUCAUCUCUUACUUGGUUUUACUCCUGAUCCUGGUUAAACUUUCUUUCAAUAAAGUGUGUGUGUGAACCAGCAAUAAGCCCUGUUUUUGUACUAGAACAAGUCCAAGAUCAGCAAGACGAGAUGAUCAACAAGAGGACAAGUGAUCAGCAUCGGGAUUCUUCUCUUUCUACUGAUGACACCUUAUUUUCUUUUCUCUGUUCAUAGUCUUGUGGCGGUCUUACGACGAAAAACGGUCUUCUGCGGAAUUUGGAUAGACAUGUUCCUCUAGUAUCCGAGCGGAUCCGGCAGGGGCUAUCGCCAUCUUUCGACCUUUCCGACAUGAAAUCUUAUGACCAUGAAAAAUACUUGGAUAAUUAGUCUUAGAUAUUCUUCUAGGAGGUUAAAUUGAUCUUAUGACGAUGAAAUCUAAGUUCGACUUAGAUUUAGUGUUCGUCGAAUUGGGGACGAUGAGGGUUUUCUAGAACUAGAUGGUGUCAAAUUCAUCAUCAAUGAAGCUGUAAUUAUCUAUUUCUAUUUCUUUGCGAAUAACUACACAGAAAACAACAGGCAUCAACAACAAGAUUUCGUUCGAGUCUGUCUCUAAAAAUCCGUAGUCCAUUUUGUUGACGCGUAUCAGCGGCAACAAUGUCGCGCCCUUCUCUGGCAGUACUACACGUCCUCAUCAAUAUUAAGGCUUCCACCUCGACAACAUCGAUUUCUGGCGUCUGUAUCUUCAGAGAGUCUCUUGUUGUAAAAUAACAUUUUUGAUGUUCUACGCCAACUACAACGUUAACUUGCUGGAUAUAAUCAUUUUGCUAGUAAUACCAGUAAUAGGCCGGCGACAAGGAUGUUGAUACGAUUGUGAUUCUUGAUAUGAGACGUCACCUAGUACGUACCAAGGAUGCAAUGAAAGUUAAGUAGGUCUUCUACUAGGUGUUGUACGUUAUGUCUCUAAUGGUGACGACAUCCGCAUCAGGGGAAGGGUCCUCUUCACCGAAGAAAAAAUCGAAAUCGCCAUCGAAAGGACCGCAGGAGUGUCAGAUUCCUGAGACAAUAAUGAUAAGGCUACCGCUCAACCAUCCUCAGCGCCAUCCUUGGCCUCUUUUUCAAGGGGAAAAGGGAAGUGUCCAAGAAAAUGAGUCUCAAGGAAGAUGGGCUCGCGGUCGCUCUAAUAAUGAGGCUAGCAUGGAAUACAGCGACCAGUCCCAAACCACCGACGCUAACUAAAGAACAAUGGCGAGCACUUACACAGGGAUCCUUCACUUAUGAUGUCGAGAACGAAGUAGAAAUAUCUUUGUGUACAUCUGUUGAGAACGAGAAAUACAGAUAUCUUUUAUGUUGAGAGCGAAUAUACAGGAUUUGAUAGGUGUACAUCUACUAGCUCACGUUCAAGUACUGAGUUCUCCGCUUCAAAGCUUUCGUUCAGAAGAGUGUCUUUGGUUAUGUUGUCUAGUAAACUACAUCUACAACUUCAACUUCAACAUGUUUUACUUAGUGGUCGAGGUAGUUGGUGAAGUUGUCUCUCUCUGCUUUUCCAUUUCUUUGUUUCUAAUACCCUGGCGGCGCGAAUCCAACAGCACUUCUAGGAGCGGAAAGUGGCUUGACGGGAAGUGAACUCAACCACUGUAUUCGCAACUAUGCUUAUACUGGUCUUGACGGCGCAGAAAACUUGUGGAUUUUGAAGCCUAGUUGUGCAAACCGAGGAAGGGGAAUCAAAGUUGUGAAAGUAUUUCUACGAUGAAUUUCAUAUGAAGAUUGGAACUGAUUCAUCUGAUUGUUCUGUCUUGCUUCGCAACGACUUGCUUCAUCAAGCAAACUUAAGUAAUCUCAUCUUGAAUAACUACGAGUAUACCUCCUACAAUCUGUUGUUAUAGUUCUAUUCCACCCGCCGCCUCCUGCUCUACCCUUUCCAACAGUACCACAACAACUAAUCUUCUACAGGACCUAAGCGAGAUUCUGAAGUACGCACGUUGUCCGCCUGUAGGGUGUCUGGGGAACACGAAUCCUGUCCUUGCAGCUCAGAGUGCAAAAAAUCUCGCUCCAUUAUGGAUAACUGCGUUUUUGAUCUUGAUGAUAUUCCAUGUAGCCGUAGCGAGUUCUAGUUGAUAGCUGCAGUAUAGAAGCGAAGGUUCCUUGCUCAUGUAGCCCAAGGUCUAGGAAGCACCCUGGUGUGCUCCUUGUUUGAGUGGUCCUCGGGGUGGAUGAGUGCUGGGUUCGUUUAUGAGAGUUCUUCAAGAAGCAUUUCACAUUUCUGCUAGCUUUGUUUAAAAACUUGCUAUGGAGGAAUACUUGUACUUGUAUUGAGAAUUAUAACAAAAACAUAUUAAACAUUUUUUCUAAUUUCAGCCAACAACGCAAGCGCGUCGAAUAGUCGUUCAGUAAGCACAGGAUCGAAUAGUCCUUCGAAGCGGUCUCGUAGUGCAUCACCAGCAAAGGGACAAGUAGCUGGAGACGACACUGCGGAUGGUAAGUGGAUGGUCCAGAAAUAUGUGGAAAGGCCGCUUGUCAUCAAUCAACGAAAGUUCGAUAUUAGACAAUGGUAAAGACAUGCUAUUUGUACAUACUGAUGUCCAUGUAGUUUGGGUUUACUACACUUAAGUAUAGUAUUUGAUGACGGUGAGGGUGACCAUGAUGUUCCGGAGAAGAUUCUUCUCAGAAGAAUUUGGACGGGAUGAUGUUCAAAAUCUGUUCUUCCGUAUUAUAUGACAGGACCCUAUUUCAUGAACAUCCUCAAAAACGGCGAUCGACGUGACACUCCCGACACGAUUGGAUUUUCAUCGUAUGUAUCGCCUCCUAUCUUCAUCCAGGGUAAUCGUGACGAGCUUCAAUCCUGUUUUGCGGGUAUGGUUCUACCAAGAGGCUUAUUUGCGCUUUGCCAGCCGUCCUUACAACACCGAUGUGAUCGGAGACCGUUUCGCGCACCUUACCAAUAACUUAAGGCUAAUCGAACGAUCAUAUCCGCCUCGCUCCUCGUCGAAGGAAUGUGUCUCUGUAAGACAGAUACAAGUGCAAGUCUUUCCGAUAGUAAUCCGUAUGGGUAUGAUACGUACACCACAACAGUGAAAGCUCUUUCAUCUACAUUCAAGGUAGUACAAUAACUUCGAAUAUAAACGAUCGUGAUAUAUUACACGACCUACACCACCUAGACCCACUUCUCUAAGUAUCGCCAUAGUGAAGCAUACACCUGAUGCGGGUUUCAAAGUGGAUGAGACGAUGUGGCACUCAGACAGGUUCGGGAAGUGGCUGCAAGACAAUAAGGUCUACAAGAAGAUCAAGGUCGAGAAUCAUGGAAUCGUGCAGGAACAGGACAAACGGGUCUAUUGGCCAGAUAUACAAAGGCAGAUGAAGAAAUUGGUACUACUCUUAGUAAUACUAGUUGUACUACCGGUUCUACUUCUAGUACUAGUAGAGGUUACUUAAAAAGAGUAAGAGGAUGUUGAGUAAUAGUUGUACCAGGUCUAGGCAGUGGUUGUUCUAGAGGUUACUUAUAGUUAUACACAGGACUUUUCCUGAAGCUUAAGCUCAUCCACUCCAGGUCUGGACGUCCUUGCUCUCCUGCAGAGAACGCGUCACCGAGCGGCCACAGAGUUUCGAACUCUUUGGGUAUGAUUUUCUCAUCGACGAGUGCGGUCAAGUUUGGCUUCUAGAGGUGAAUAGCUCGCCAGAUUUGUCGUUUUCCACAUCCACGACACGGGAAAUGGUCAGCAAAAUGAUGCCGGACCUUCUGGCUGUGGUCCUGGACGAAGAGAAAGUUGGAACGGGAGAACCACCGAGAAGUAAUAAAAAGUUUAUGUGGAGGACCUGCAGGUGUCGAACAAGCUAAAGAUGUCUGAAUGAAACUGAGUUUAUAUUGAGAAUGGGGAAAACCUAAAAAUGUACUACUGAACUAAAAUAACUGAAACACCUGAUAGUGAUGAGGAAAGGUCUGUUAGUACCACUGGUUUUUAGUUAUAGUUGUUGUGAAUCUGGACAACGAACCCCCACCAAUAAGAAGAUGAAAAUCCGUGCACCGGUCCAACAUGUUCGUCUAAUCCAUGUGGUAAGUUUACCCGCAUCGAACCGGAUUACUCGAAAAUGGUAGCUUCAGACCGAUCGGCGAUGAGCGGGUUGACAAUGUCGCAGCUAAAUCUCAGUCCGAGGCGGAACAGCACGAAUAUUAAGAAUCGGGUUGAUCUUGAUGAUAGUGUUUUGAGUAGAGGGAAGUCGCUCAAAAAACAAUGUUGUAUCCAUUUUGGGCGACUUGUAUCACAAUGAAAAUGAUUCAAACUACAAGAUUGAUUCUUACCCAAGUGUAUCUGUGUAUCAUGAUCAUGAACAUAAUUAAACAAGAAAUAUGAUUCUAGUUAGCGGUGCGUUUAUGAUUAGUUCUUCUAUUAGCGAGGCUAGUAAAGUUGAAAAACCUACAAUCUAAUUCACACUCCAAGAUGAUUCUAGUUAUCCUAUUAAGGUGAGGCUCCUUGUCCUUGUCGUGUUCCACAAGAUUCCUGCUCUAAUUGCCGCAUUUUAUCUUUCUCACCGCCUCCGCUAUUCAGGGAUCCUGUGAACUCGGUGUCGCACUUAGUCCAAGGGGCAAUGCUUAGUAGAGGAAGGAAAGGUGGUGCGCGAUCAAUGUCGUUGACUCAAUUUGUGCACCUGGAUAAUCAUAAUGCUUUGAGUAUUAUGGCGAGAACAAAGAGAAUUCCCUCAGCAUCAUCCUCCUUCUACCUAGCUAUUUUCCAAAGGGAGGAAAAUGAAGAAAACAGCAAGGAUGAUGCUGCCACGUAUGCAGAAUAGCAAGCGUCCUUGGCUCUAAAAACCGUGGCAGUGAUUACAUCGGAGGUGGUGGUGGAUCUUCAUCCUCUAGCAUAGCAGGAGGAGCUCCUCAUCGAACGACGCCUGGGGGUACCGGAGGCUUCUUCACGGCACAGCACGGAAAGAAAAAUAAAGCUUCAAAAAAUGAGGAAUCCAUGACCUCGAAUAGUAUGUACAAAGACCAGGCUGGGUCUGGAUCGACGAUGGGCAGUAGUAAACAUCAAGAUACAUCGACUUCUAGAGGAGGCGUAGGUGUAGGAGAUCAAACCGGUACGACCGGUACCGGAGCCCCUCGGUCUAGUCUGCGUGACCGUAUGUUGGCUUCCUUUAGCACCAAUCCGGUCAUUGGGGGGUUGACGAAUACAACGAGUGCACUUGGCGGCGGAGGGCAGCGACGACAAUCAAAGACAGCGGGAGGCAGAGCGCAAACCAGUACUGCAUGUAAGCCCGCUGCUGGAGCUCCGGGUGCACCUGGUGGCGCGGUUAGUCAGUUGCAAUUAAGGAAGAUAGACAUGUAACUCAUUUUUGGUAGGUCUUUCAUCUUCUUCUCUAUAAAGUAUCUUCAUCUUCUUGGUUCUUACUUGGAUAUGAAAUAGAAAUAGUUUUUACAGUAAAAAUGCUAGAUACGAUAUGGGGCUAAGAAUGCGGGAAGUACUUUCAACGCUUCUAAUGCAAGGGAAUGGCGCUUCAGCAACCGGGGGAAAGAAGAAAAGUAAGAUUGCGGGUGGCGGCAGUUUAGCGGUGAAAGGAGAAACACUAUCUGGCGCCGAACUGAUGCAAAUAACAAGCUCCACGCGAGCGCCUCGUGCAGCGAAAGGAGCUUAA